AUGUCACCAAAAGAUGGUUCACUUCGCUUGAGUAUGGAAGAAUCGUUCUAUCUAUGUGCAGAAGUGAAUUUAUUGCGUAUUUUAAACGAUGAAGAAGUAGAAUACGCUGCUGAAGAUAUUUGGCAGAUAUUUUUUAAUUAUUCGGGCAUUCAAUUUGUGCGACGCUAUGCUACAUAUCGUUUUUUAAGGAAUUGUGGUUGGGCUGUGCGGUCGGGAUUACAUUAUGGUGUUGAUUUUAUGAUUUACCGUGAUGGGGCAAAAUAUCAUCAUAGUAGUGCUGGAGUACGGAUUGUUAUACCAGAUAAAAUUCGUUCGGUUAUACCUUUUAUAGCAUUGAAUAGAGAAUUAAACAGUGUAAAGAAGAGAUUGAUUGAAGCUACAGUAACUAUCCCUAGUAACUGUAAUCUGCAAAGUAUGACUUGUAUUAGAAUGAUUACUAUUUCAACAAAUACAUGUCUUACUUGGAAUACUUCUGAUGGUCGUUGA